AUGAAAAGGGCAAGCAAACAGCAAAGCCCAAACAGCAAGGCCAAGAAGAAGGGCCCACUCAAAGUUGUGUACAUAACAAACCCUAUCAAGUUCAACGCAACCGCCUCCGAAUUCCGGGCCCUAGUCCAGGAGCUCACGGGCCGAGACUCCGACACGCCUGACUCAAACGGGUUCGGGUCUGGUCGAGAUGGGUCGGGCAAGGCUGCGGCGGUAGUCGAGGCGAAAACUGGCGAUGAUGAGUUUAUUGAAAUGGCUCAAAACGGGCCAGAUCAGUUCGGUUUCGGGCUUUCUGGCCCGGUACAGAUGGUGGAUAGCUUUCAGGGACUGAUGGCUUCUGGGUUUUGGAAUGAAGGUGAUGAUUUUGAUAUUUGA